AUGGAGGCCGAAGAACGGAGAAAAUUAGCCGAGGAGAAGAGGAAGCAGGCGGAGGAGGAACGAGAUCUAGAGCGAGAACAAACGCGUCCUACCAGCUUCGGAGAGCUUAUCCGUUACUGCCACGAUUUUUUCUUACAGCGCUUGAAAAUCGAAGCACCAUCUCAAUCGACCACGGGGAAGAUGCCGCCGCCCAUGGGAAAGUGCUGUCCAUCGCGGUUCCGGCCGUGGGUAGACUGCAUCGCCAUUCAAGGGCAGAUCUACCGUUCGCCGCGACUCUUUCUGAAAGCUCUCGGAGACGAAUUCAGCGAAGGACCCAUAAGCAGUGAGCAGGAUUUUGAGAUUUACGAACGAUUUUGCGUUGGAAAUCACGUCCGCGAUAUUAUUAAAAAGCUGCACACCAUAGAUGCUGCUCGAGACGAACUCAGGUUGGGCGAAGGUGUCCAGUUUGACAGAUAUGCCAACGCUCUUGACACAGAUGAAGAGGAUAAACAUGGCAAGGACAAGACAACCAGUUCUCGGCGCCUGAGAAAUUCAAAUAAAACCGCCUGGCUGACAGGCUCGGCAGUGGUACAGGAAUACCAUGUUCAUGAUCCAGGAAGCACGCUGUACUACCACCUCUGCGAACCAAAUAUGGAAGUCAAUCAUUGGAAGGACGAGAAUCUGCUACAGCAGCCGGUGACAUCUGUUGCCCGGGUGCUGUGCCUGUGCUUGAUGAGUUUUCAAUCGCGGUAUCGAGAUCAGGAGUGGAGGAAUGCGGCGCGGGCGCAUCUGCCGGAAUGGAAGACAAGCUUCGACCAUACACGUUCACAAAUUUCCGCGUCAGAAUUGCACCACAAUCCACCCGGUUUGGGAUAUACAGCCUCAGAGUACACCGGCUCCGAACCUACGCGUCCGAAUAUAUUCCUCAUCAUUGCCACUCGGUCGCGACGUAGCUGUGCACCUUCGAAUCCCAUGUUCAAUCCAGAAGACGCCGGCUUUUCGUCCGACUCAGAGGCAGAUGACGCCAUGGAAGGACGAAAACCAUCCCCUUCGGUACAACCGCCGGCUCGCCACACAGGCUCUCGCCACGGGCCGGGUGAUCGAUGCCAGAAGAACACUAGACCUUUCUGCACUCAGCGUUGCUUGCUAGGUUUGCAACAGGGCGGCGAACUGGAUUUGCGAUGUCCCAAUGUCGGGCUUCAUCGAAAGGGAGGGAACAGUCAAUUUCACCUGAUCAAGACAGAGACUAUGGUCAAGCAGAUCAAGCAGCAGCUAUACGGGAACAUCGACCACGGCUGCGCACCAAUCGGACAUCGUGUGGUCGGGAAAGGAAUCACACGACCACUCUGGCAUCAGGUAUCUUGUGAGGCCGAAAUAUAUGGUAUACUUUCGCGAGUGCAAGGAUCAGCUGUACCGGAAAUGGCGGUUGCUCGUGAGAUUUCGAGGUCCACUAGGGCAAUCCGUCUGUCCGGUAUCCUGCAUAACGACCUUCGGCCGGACAAUACCUUGUAG